AUGGGAGAUGCAUGUUGGGAUGCCCCGCCCGACCGGGACUUCGAUCCUACUGAUGCCCUGACGCACCGGUUUUCGGUCCUGGGCUUCCACGAACAGGCUCCGGCGCCGAUCGAGAGGUCGACUAGAUAUCACGGUGGCUGGUAUGAUGGCGGGUUCCGUAGAGCUCGUCUGCCGACGCCGCCUCCACCACAACAGGUUGCGCCCCGGCCAACCAGGGUGGAUUCAGUCCCGGCUCCGGCUCCAGAGUCAAACAGAUGUCAGGCAGGAAACCCGUAUUCGGCGUCCUGCCCUCCUUGGUCUGUGCAACAGCAACCUCCAACCUUGGGGUCAUCUCAAGACCGCAAAGAUGUUGGUGUUCAAAAUGGAACCGGUAGUCCCUCUCUACCCGACCCCUUUGAAUUGCCACCGAAUUGGCCCCAUCAUCCGUCUGACGAUGAUGACUUUCCCGGGCGGACUCCAAACAACGAUUUCAACCGCCCAUCUACGUUUCACACUCUUCGGGAGUCUUGCGGAGAGUCUGAGUUUCCUCCACUUUAUCAUCAGGAUCGGGGUCUGGCAUUCCGAUUGUCUUUCGAUCCGCCGCCCGAGCCCUCACACGCGCUGCUGAUGGCCUGUCCGUAUCUCAAGUACGAUCCGUCAAAGUAUGGCCAGAAAAGGGGCUGUCGGGGGGCGGCGUUUCCUACCACACACCGGUUGAAUCUCUUCAAAACUGAGGCUGAGGUAGGGAAUCAUCUUAAGGCGCAGGCGUUGUGCAAAGUUAUUCAGGGCGAUGGUGAUGUCGAGGGAUUUGAUGCUGCCCAGGAGAAGCUUCUCAAAAGUAAGAAGCGCAGAAAGGGAGUUGACACGGAACAAGACAAGUGGAAAGAGAUCUUCAAGAUUCUCUUUCCCAGUCAUCAAGAUAUACCAGAUCCUUUCUACAAAACGUCUCUCGAUGACCAAAAUGCCGCAAGCCAGGUGCCAAGACAGGAUCAAGACGAUGUCGAAAGCAUUUUCACCAGAGACAUACCUUCUUCAGUAGAGGAGGAGACCUUUUCUAAGAUGGAGGAAGCUGUGGGGGAACGCUUGACUAAGAAGAAGCGAAGGAACCUCAUGAACGUGUUCAGGGGGUUCGCCGUUAACAUGCUCCGCCAUUCUACGGAAGGAGACACCAAGGACAGGGCCAUCACACCCAUGUCAAAGUCUAGUCAGGUUGAGAGGCCACGGUCCGCUGGAGCUUCGAGGGAGAAGCUUCAGUGCGUGAAGGCUGAUGGCAAACCGGACGAGAAGUUGGAAAGCAAGAGAGAUGAUGCGUACGUGGCUCAGGAAGCAACGCAAAUCUCCAUGUCUGGGCCGCUGAUAGACCCGGUCAUGACUCUGGGUUCCUUGCCGUCGGUGGAAGAAACGGUGCAACGCAGCAUUCCAUUGGACUCACAAAGCUUUGAUCUCGGCAUGGACCCGACUGGAGUUUGCUGGCAGGCCUGGGCUGCCAAUGGCAACGGAGAUGCGUGGUUGGAAGACUUGCUGGGUAUUGGGACAGCUUUACCUGGAGUUCUCAGUCAGGGACAAGACAAGGUAUUUAGGAUUGAGCCUAUGAAUAUUUAUGACGGAGUCGAUACUAUUCCAAUGCGGGCACAAUACGUCGUAGGCGAGGACGCUACAUAUUAGCAAAGAUGCCUAAUACUCAAAUGAACGAUGCCGAGGAAGAUAUUUAUGCCCCCAUGACUUGCUUCCUAGACAUUUGUCGGAUGAUUAUUAGUCGGAGGCUGCGCCUAGUUGGAGUAUUUGUUCAUCUUG